AUGGUUGCAGUGCCUACCACAACGGCAACGACUCCGGAAUCAAGCCCUGAUCCACAGACUGGUAUUCAUAAAACUAUGCUCAUAACAGCCACGGUUACUAGUAUCAGUGUCUUUUUCAUCCUGGCAACUGCUUUGGGUUUCUGGAUAUGGCGCCGCACCCGAGAGAAGAAGUUGAAGCUUGCAUCUCGCAAUGGGCACAUAGAGGCAGGAAGCUCCUCAUACUCACCUGGCCGAGGCAUGCACAAGAAGUUUUCCCUUGGCACUACGAUAAAUUACACAGCCUCCACCAGCCCAACGGUGGUAGACUAUGUUGGCUUGAUGCGCUCCGUCUCGCAGAGGAACCUUACCGGACCUGCCUCGGAUGUUCAAAGUGCCGUUGACACGGAUUGGUCGAAUGUUCGGCGUUCAUCAAUAGCCCUUCCACCAGAGCGCGUACAUGGCAUCAAUAGCCAGUACCGGAGGCCAAACCGGGUCUCUGCACGGCCGUCUCAAAGUCGCCAUCCAUACAUUUCCAAUUACCACUCAUCUUACUCUCGAGACCGCUCAGAAGUUGUGCCAUACAUUCCCACAGCUGAGAGUUACACGUCACGAGGCACCAGCGCAUUUCUGCGGCCAACAGAGGCUAUACGAGGGCAGAAUAGAGAAAUUUCUUACGGCCCAUCGCAAGAGGCAAUUCUGUUGCCGACGGUGUACUCUCCAGAUACAGCCAAAUCAGUCGUGCCAAUUCAUGAGCGGGGCGACGACAAACCUCCUUCCCAGCCAGAUGCAGACGAACAUUUUCCGAGUUCGCCUAGGCGUGAGUGGGCGUGGGCAGAGGCGUUGCGGAGACUCGAGGGUAUUCAUCGACGCCGUCCUGUUGACUUCACGCGGGAUCCGACAGGCGACAGCCAAGUUACAGUAACUCGGGAUGGAUUUGAUCUCCACCAUGUCGACGAGUCGGCGAUGAGCGAGGAGGGAGAUUAUGAAACGAUAAUGUAUGAAUCGGAGGGCGAAAGCAGGGCUCAGUCAUUGAGAGGGCCUGGGAGGGAUAAUACCGAUGAGAGUGUUUUCAGUUUGGAUGCGGUGGUGAGAAGAAUCGCCAACGAACCGCCGAGAGUGAGAGGCAGGAGGUAG